AUGGACGGCUCCAACAACGACCUCCUGAAGAUCGAGGCCGACGAGACGCAGUGCCUCACCAGGAUCCUCAGCGUGACCAAGUCGGCCCCUUCAAGCGUCGCAGGCGCGGUGCUAAAGAACACGGCGAGCAGCGGCGUGGCGCGCCUGCAGCUGGACGCCAACAACUCCACGGGCUUCGCGCGGCUGGAGGUGGACGGCGCCGGCGGCUGCAGCCUGACCGCGCCGGCAGCAAAUCUCGCUGCAGAACCAGGCCAGCGGCGCCGCGCCGGUGGUCGUGGAGACGGACGGCGACCUCACCUACAACUACGGGCUGAACGCCCUGAGCGACGCGAGGCUGAAGGAGAACAUCAGGGAGGCCGACCUGCAGCUCAGGCCAUUUUCGACAAAGCGGUGCCCAAGUGCUACGAUCGCACCGAUGUCCCGCAUAAGAGCCGGCUGGGCUUUGUUGCCCAGGAUUUCGAGGGCGCCGGCGUGACAGGCACCGCGCGGCGCGAGGACCGGAACCUGAUGACGCUAGACUACGCGCGGCUCACCGCCGUGCUGUGGGGCGUCUGCAAGCGGCUCCAGGCGCGGGUGGAGGCGCUGGAGAGGCCAGGCAUGGCUGAGGAGGCGGCGCUGAACCUGCUGCGGCGGCUGGCCAGCGACUUCAAUGUGAGGGACGCCCGGAAGCUGUACCAGAUCGCAAAGCGCGAGUUCCCCGACCAGCCAGCCGUCACGGUGAACCGCGCAAGGGACGCCUUGAGGGGGGAUGUGGCAAGGCAGGUGCUGGCCCCGAAGCCCCGGAGCCUUGGUAAAAGCGCAGCCGAGGGGCCCAACGACCGCCUGCAGGCGGAUCUGAUCGACUUCUCGCAGAACACGCGGAGCGCCAAAAAGUACGGCCUCGUGGUAACCGAUGUGUUCACCAGGGAGGCGGUCACCAGGGCGCUGCCCAACAAGAAUGCGGAGACGGUGGCGCGCGCUGCCGCGGAUGCGAUCCCCGACCUCGUCCAGGACGAGAACAACUACGUGGUUACCACCGACGAGGGAAACGAGUUCCGCACUCUGGAGGCGAACCUGCCUCAGGGCGUCGUGCACCGGCAGAAACGCCCUGAGGACAGGAACGCCACCGCCGUGGUGGACCGAACCAUUCAGACCCUCAAGAAGGACCUUGCAGGCGAGGUGGCCCGUCGGGGCGGCAAGUGGGGGAUCACGUCGCCGACGCCACGGAAGCCUACAACGCGCGCCCGCACGAGGCCCGUGCACGCCGAGAAGUUCCAGCACAACAAGGCGCUUACAGAGGGACGUCAGGCGCGGCUGCAGCAGGCCGGCGCCUUUCGCGCGCCCACGAACGCCAACCGGAGCUUCCAGCCCAGCUACGGCCCGGCCAGAAACCUGGCGGACUUUGACUCCAUGAGCGUAAGAGCAGCAGACGGCAGCCAAACACUGCUGAAACACGCGCUGCCGGUGCCUCGGAGGCAGCGUCCAGCCCCAGGCGGCUCUCACGAGGCGGCACCGGCACCUGUGCGGCAGCUGCGGAACUUCAACUGUGCACUGCCGGCAAAAAGCAGGGGUAAGGGCUUUUCAGAGAACUCAACUGAACAUGUUGAACGUUAUGGAAUGAAAGCACAGGGGAAGAGUUCGUGUGAACUGGGCAUAAUCUUCUGA